UCCCUCUCCUUUAUUGCAGACAUACCAAAAAAGAAAACAGGUCAAAAAAUGGUGUCUCUAAGUUUUAGUUCCUUUAUGUUUGUUAUGCUUCUCUUCAUUUUUCUUACUAUAAAGGAUACAAUUGUUCAUACUGAUGACCAAGCUAAACAAAUAGUCCAUGAGGCUGAAAUUGACAACAUCAGGGAUCUAAGGAGUCAUCUGAGUGUGAAGAAGGAAGUUUUGGAUGGUGUACCGGCAGCUGCGGAAUUCAGCAAUGGAAAAAUGGGAGGAAGAAAAAUGAUGAUAGAGAUACAGAAAGAUAUGAAGGAAGUGAAGAAAGCUGAUUCAUCAGGUGCGGCAAGUGCAAGUAUCCAUUCUGUUGGAAAUAUAAAGUACCAUAAAGGGGAGGGGAAGUUGAGAGAAAUGAGCGGUAUAAGUAGUAAAAGCCAUUCAAUGAAGGCCAACAGAGGAAGUUUUGUCGCUCUUAAUGCUGAUUAUCACAUGGCAAGACCUCACCCACCUAAGAACAAGGAAGUUUUGGAUGGUGUACCGGCAGCUGCGGAAUUCAGCAUUGGAAAAAUGGAAGGAAGAAAAAUGAUGAUAGAGAGAAAGAAAGACAUGAUGGAAGUGAAGAAAACUGAAUCAUCAGGAAACUACGAUAGGCAUCUUGGUCAUGACUCACGAAAGAGCGUACAUCAUCAGGACAAUGAGAGGGAUUCGAUGAAUUUAGCAAGUACACACAACUCGAAGAACGAUGAUCAAUCUGAUGAUAAUGGAUCAUUUGAGAAUCUUGGAUCAGAGAAUUUUCAGGAUGAUGCGACUGAGUUUUUCACCAUGAACAAAGACUAUGUUGGAAGGCCAAGACGCAAGCCCGGUCACAAGGUUUUUUCCUAAUUUUCUUAUCAUAUUUGAGUUUUACUUUCUUCUGAAGUAAUUUUAAAUUAUUACCACAAAUGUUUUAACUUUUUUCUGAAAAAAAAAUAUGAUUCUCUUCUAUAUUUGAUUAUUCUUUUCUUGGGGAAAGCUUAUGAAACCCUAAAAUUUAAAGACUCAUCUUUUCAUACAUGAUUAGUUUCUUUCGAAGGGAAAACUUUUUUCUCUUCUAUAUUUGAUUAUUUAUU